AUGGAGGUCAGGCAGGUUAUCCAAGGUGCUGCCAAAGCGAAGCCAGUCAGACCAAGACAGGCACCUGCAAGUAGAGAUCCUGGCCAGGAAAUCAGCCCUCCUGUUGUGACAGAGACCAAACAGGCAAUCCAAGUCACUGCCAAAGCAAAGUCAGUCAGACCAAGAUGGGGGCCUGUCAGCCUUCAAGGAAAACCUGGAAAUAUAGUUUUCCAACCUUGUGGUGAAGUUGAAGUUGCUGAUAUGGAAGUCAACACUCACCAGGUAACUGCUCCUGCUAUUGCAGACUAUACAAGCAACAAGCCACAGAGUGGGAGAACAGCUAGCCACAUGCUGAGAAGGCAAGGUCCAUCAUUGGGUCAAGGACAUCCCAACUGGGCUGAUGCCAUGAUCCAACAGACUACCAACUUCCAUCCCUUCUUUGACAAGCAGAGCUACUACUGCUGUCAACUCCAAUACAAGCCUAGCAUACCAGGAUCAGUCAUCUUCAACAUCUUCAAUCAGGGAAAGAUGCCUGCACCAACCCACUGCAUGGAUGAAGAGGAAUUAGAAGACCAACCAGCUUUCUCUGUCAAGGUCAUAGGUCAUGACAAAUUCAAGGUGGUUGUGAGCAUGGCUAAUGAUAUAGAGAGCAACAAUGAAUUCAAUCAGCUCAUUUUCAAGGAGGUGCAGACCAGCUCGAAGCACAAGUAUUCAGAUCAUGACAAUGCCAACUAUGUUACCUCAUCCAAGGUUGAGGACUUUGAUGAUGAAUACUUCAACAUUGAGGAUCACAAUUUGAACUCUUGUAUGUUGCCUGCUAAGGAAUUGUGUGUUGUGAUGACCAAUAAUGGAGUAGACAAACCAAAGAAAUCAAAGGUCAACAGGGAUGUGGACCAAGAAUCAGGACAGAGGAGCACUACAGCAGGUCAAGCAUGUCAACAACUCUGCCAGUGGCACAGCAACUUUGGAUCCACUGCAAUCACUCUUAUUGCUCACCUCCUUGUCUUGGAUCCAGAAAUUGGCAUGCCAUCUCUUACUCAGGACCAGGAACUCUGUUCUAAGCUGUUGGAAGGCUUCACAUUUUUAUAUUCAGACCAAGAUUCUCACAAAUUGGAGAACAUUUUCUGGUCAUACUUUGUAUUAUACCUCCUUGGCCACACACAUCUGCAGCCCUGUGCUGAUUCCCCUGAUGUCCCAAAACUGAAGAUCAGGGAACUGAAAAAUACAGGCAUCAAAGGCACACUAGCCCUUACCUGUGCUGCAUUGCACCAUACUCUUUCCCUGUUCAAAACUGGCAAACUGCAAAUUGAUGCUAAGUACACAUCCUUCAGAAAGGCAGCUAUCAAGAUCCCACUCAAGGUGAACAAGGCAACCAGGAAGGAGUUGUCAGCUGUUUCAGCAUUCUCCAAGCAGAAUUGUGGCCCCUGCACCAGGCAAUAUGCUAUAGCCAUCACUAAGCAUGACAAUGCUGUGCUCCAUAACAUCAUUAUGGGAGCAACUAUGCUCAUUCCAUACAGUAUGAUUGCAUGUCGGAGGGAGGGAGCUUUCAACAUGGGGAGGAUGAUGUCAACAAUUUAA